AUGAGUGACAAGUCUCAGGUUCCGGUAGAGGCUGCAGGUGGCGCAAAGCCGCUGGUCGCCUUCCUGGGGCCCCAGGCCUCGUACACCCACCAGGCUUCGUUGCAGGCCUUCCCCGAGGAUCAGUGGGAGCUGAGGCCGGUCGUCACCAUCACGGACAUUUUCGAGGUCGUGCAAGCCGGCGAGGUGGCCUUCGGCGUCGUCCCCGUCGAGAACUCGACCAACGGCUCCGUCCUCUUCACCCUCGACAACUUCGCCGACCGCAACAGCCUGUAUCCGGACCUCUCCGUCUGCGGCGAGAUCUACCUGGACGUGCACCACUUCCUCGUCGGCCGGCGCCCGUCCCGCGCCCUCGACGACGCCGCCGGCCCCGGCGACGGCUCCGGCGCCUGCACGCCCACCGCCUCGGACCCCAACCCGCUCAAGCCCCGGACCAAGCCGCUCUGCAGCCUCAAGCACGUCCAGCGGCUGUACUCGCACCCGCAGGCCUGGGGCCAGUGCGUGGCCUUCCUGCAGACCUACCUCAAGGGCAUCGAGGCCAUCGACGUCAGCUCGACGAGCCGCGCCGCGGAGCUCGUCUCCAUGGACGAGACGGGCACCUCGGCCGCCAUCUCGAGUGAGAUCGCCGCCCGCAUGCACGGCAUCGACGUGCUGGCGCGCAGCAUCGAGGACCGCGAGGACAACACGACGCGCUUCUUCAUCGUCCGCAAGGGCCUGGGUGGCAGGAUGCCGGACCACUGCGAGCGCAAGAGGGGCAGGACCAAGUCGAUGGUGUCCUUCACCGUCCCGCACGAGGCCCCCGGCGCGCUGGCCGACGUGCUCGAGUGCUUCCGCCGGUUCAAGCUCAACCUCACGAGCAUCAACAGCAGGCCGAGCCUCACGGGCCCGUUCACGUACGUCUUCUUCGUCGAGUUUGAGGGGCACAGGUUCCAGGACCCGGACGGGAGGGUGAAGGGGGCGCUGGAAGGGGUGUUCAUGGCCCGCCGGGACAAGCUGGCAUGUGUUCAUGAGCCGUUUGGCGAUGCGUUCUAUUACGGUCCCGAACGCAUGGCUGAGCGUUUUGAGAACGACGCCGAGGGCAGAGAAAAGUCUGGAUUCUCCGACACGACGUACGCCGACGUGCUGAGGCAGAUCGAGGAUGCUGGCAAAGAGGGCAACAAGCGCAUUUUCUUGAAGGACAUGGCCCAGUACCUCCUGGCUCCCAAUGCCGGCAAGACCGCCAUCGCUCCGUCGGCCGGCUCCGUGCCGGAGGCCAACAACCCGACCGUGCUGCCGAUUGAGACGCUGCGCAAGUUCCAGUGGACUUUCCUCAUCCGCCACCCGCGCCGCUCCAUCCCCUCUUACUACCGCUGCACCGUCCCGCCCCUGGACGAGGUGACGGGUUUCUACAACUUCAUGCAGUGUGAGGCCGGCUACGUCGAGCUGCGCCGCCUUUUCGACUUCCUCGUCAAGGAGGGCAUCGUCGACUCCAACAACCUCAUGGUCGUCGACGCCGAUGACCUCCUCGACAACCCCGAGGGCAUCAUCCGCGCCUACUGCGAGCACGUCGGCCUCGACUUCACCGACAACAUGCUCAACUGGGGCGAGGAGGACACCAAGAUCGCCCAGGAGAAGUUUGCCAAGUGGACCGGCUUCCACGAGGACGCUCUCGGCAGCACCUCGCUGAAGCCGCGCAACAAGGCGCAUAAAAAGGUCAUCACCCGCGAGUCAGAAGAAGCCGAGUGGAAGCAGAAGUUCGGCGAGAAGGGUCUCCAGGAGAUCCGCAAGUGCGUCGACGACAACGUCAAGGAUUACGAAUAUCUCAAGAAGUUCGCUAUCCGGGUCUAA